AUGGCUCAUGGGUUUCACGCCGAGAAGCACCACGAGGACCCCGAAGUCGUCACAUCUCUGCACGAUGACACUCUCUCUUCCAUUCUGGGAAGGUUCGUACGCCGGUGCAUCAUUUCUUUGCCAUGCUUUAGUAGUGUUACGGACUGAUCGAAUCCCUAAUCGAACAUGCAGCAAGGAGGAAGCUCUUGGUUCGAUUGUCUACAGCUACAAGCACGGAUUCUCAGGCUUCGCCGCCAUGCUUACAGACUCUCAAGCGAAGAAACUCGCUGGUAACUUUUGUGUGUCAUCAAAUUCGAAGAGCAAAUAAUCUGCGGGGAGAGAGAGGGAGAGAGAGAAAGGCAGAGAAGGGAUGAAGGAAAGAGCGGGAGAUAGCGUUUACGUUUGAGCGAAUGGAUAAUAGGAGACUGUUGGAGAGAGCGUAGCGGGUUUAGGAGCAGAGCGUCAAUAAGUUCGUAUGGAGGUUUCAAAAAGUAGCAACUCUUAGGGAUAGGAUCAAAGACUGGAUCAUACAGGCACUGUUUAGGUAAUGAAAUAAUCAUCAUUGGCAUCAUUCAAAUCAGAUGCUCACAAAAUCGAAUUUCAGGGAUGACGGGAGUCCUCGGCGUGACGUUGAGCCGAAUCCUCCAAUUGAGUACGACGCGUAGCUGGGAAUUCGUCGGGCUCAGUUACAACAGUCCUCCUUCCCAGCUUCUUCACAAGGCCAGGCUAGGUGACGGUGUAAUCAUCGGAGUCAUUGACUCAGGUAGACCCCCUUGAUACUCUGUAACUGGCUCUUGUUUGGUUGUCGUUCCCCGUCUCGUUUGGUUUGACGUACUACUGUGUUAUUAUUGAUCUUAAUGAGAAGUAAUUUUUAGUGGGUAUACCGCAUGUACUGUGGGUGUGCAGGAAUAUGGCCGGAAUCCGAAAGUAUCGACGACAGGGGCUAGGGACCAGUUCCGACAAGGUGGAAGGGGACGUGCAAGACGGGGAAGGAGUUCAACGCCUCCAAUUGCAACCGAAAGAGCAUCAGCGCGCGAUGGUACACAGCUGGUCUGGAUGAGGUCCAUUUAAAAGGGGAUUACCUCUCUCCGCGCGACUGGAACGGCCAUGGUACCCACGUAGCAUCGACGGCGGCUGGAUCCUACGUGCAGAACGUGAGCGUAGGUGGACUGGCUGCUGGAUGGGCGAGAGGUGGGGCUCCCGAGUUAGGCUGGCCGUAUACAAAGUUAUGUGGGGGCAAGAAUCCGUUUCAACUACCGCAUUGGUUCUGGCAGCCAUUAACGACGCCAUACAUGACGGCGUGGACGUUCUCUCCUUAUCGUUGGCGACACCUGAUGACUCGUGGAGCUCCAUGCAGGCUAUGCUUAAGCGAAUCAUCGUGGUGUACGCAGCCGGAAACUAUGGUCCGAUUCCUCAGACGAUGGAGACCACCUCCCCAUGGGUUAUAACCGCGGCAGCUAGCACGAUUGAUCGGUCGUUUCCCACCGCCAUCACCCUCGGAAACAAUGUCACUCUGUUGGUCAGUACCAUUGCUUCACUCUGGUGGUUUCCUAUCUAGUCGAUAGAAAGACAUUUCGAGUCUUCCUUAAGGAGCGUAAGGAAAUCUAUGUAUGUCUUUCAGGGUCAAGCUAGAUACGUUGGGAAUGAGAAUUUGAGCAGGUUUCCAGGCAUCACAUAUGGUGGCAGGUCACAUGCCCCGUUCCUUUCGUACUGCUUUAAUUUCUGCUAGAUCUGGCAUAUAUACAUUUGUCUUCCUUAGUUUAAACAAACCUCGUCCUUCUGAUGCAGUUGUGACAACGGAACACUGAAGGACACCCAAUAUAGAAUAACAGUCGUCCUCUGCAACCCGGUACCUACAGCACCGAAAGACCAGCAAACUUUUGCGGCACAGAACGUUCGGAAGGCUGGAGGUCUAUAUCUAAUCUUCCUACAGUACACCACUAACAUCCUUCCUCAACCCGACGUUUUCCCGACGAUCGUGGUGGACUGGGUGACUUUUCAGCAGAUACUCGAAUACGGUCAAGCCUCCAGGUAACCACGUUUCUUAAACCCUUCACCUCUUUCUCUCUCCCCUGAUCUCAGUGAUGGAAUACAGAUUUUCCUUCUUACUCUCUCUCUCUCUGCCUUACCCCUCGCUGCUGGAAUGCGAAAUUCUAUCCAUAGGGAUUCUGCCAAGGUGAAGCUGUCUCUCACGCGGACUGUCGAAGGUGGGGGAGUGUUGCCACCCAGAGUAGCAGCCUUCUCGUCCAGAGGCCCCAACAAAGUCUUCCCCGACAUCCUCAAGGUGCGUCUAAUAGUUUUCAAAAGUUAAAAGGCUUUACAGGACACAAAUUCUCCCAGACGCUGAAAAGACCUGCAUCGGCAUUCACUUUUUACUGUAGGUGCCUCAAAUUUUAGGAGUUGCACGGUUCCCGGAUCUAAAAUAUUUUACAUCAAUGCAGCCGGACAUCACUGCACUGGGAGUCAGAAUCCUAGCCGCUUAACGGGAUUCGUACAGUUUCAUGGAUGGAACAUCUAUGGCCACUCCACACGUAUCAGGAAUCGUGGCACUCCUCAAAUCCUUGCACCCUCUUGGUCCCCAGCCACAAUAAAAUUGGCCAUUCUGACGACCGGUAUGUUCUCUCAAUACCCAAUAACUGUGCGUCUUUCCGUUCUCAACAUUAAUCUGUUCUCUUCACAGCUUCGGUCGUCGACAAAGAUGGUGUGCCGGUAGUGGCGGAGGGCACCCCCGACUACGGCAAGCUCGCUGACCCUUUCGACUACGGCAGCGGCCACAUCAAUCCAGACAAGGCAGCUAAUCCAGGGCUUAUAUAUGAUAUCAAUCCGAAAGAUUUCAACGGGUUCAAGUGUUCUUUCAGUUCUUUACUGGUUUGUGAAACUCCACAGCUUCCUGUCUACGACCUUAAUCUGCCUUCCAUCUCUAUCCCUGAUCUCAAAACCAAGGUGACGGUGUCAAGGACCGUCAUCAAUGUGAGCCCAGCCGGCACCACUUACAUCGCCAUCGUCGAACCCCCGCCAGGGGUUCAGAUGGAAGUUCAACCAUCAAAGCUCGUCUUUGAUGAACGCACCAAAAGAUAGAAAUUCACCGUUACGUUGACGUCUGUCCGCAAGAUACAGCGAAUGUACACCUUCGGAACCUUGACUUGGAAAGAUGAUACUCAUACGGUCAGGAGUCCUAUUGCAGUCCGCACUGUGAUCAAGGAUUUCUAUGCCGACGUCACAUAG